AUGGCCAGCGAUAAAAAAUCAGGAAAAUCAUCAAAAAGUACGAAGUCUAUUACACAAAUAUUAUCUGAAUUCGAAAUGCUUCGUAAUGAACAAAGAGCAAUGGCUAAUAAAUUGUCAGAAAUGGAGAUGGAAUUAAAUGAACAUAAGAUUGUAAUUGAUACACUAAAAAAUAUAGACCCAAAAAGGAAAUGCUAUCGAAUGACUGGUGGUGUCUUAUGUGAACGUACUGUAGAAGUCGUAAUGCCUGCAUUAAUGACAAAUAAAGAACAAUUAACAAAAGUGAUAGAUGCUUUGAGUGAUCAGUUAACAAAAAAAGGAAUUGAAAUAAAUGAAUUCAAGGAGAAGCACAAUAUUAGAAUUAGAGGACAACCGGAUAUACAACAACAAGAUGAAGAUAAAGAUUCCAAAGAAGCAAAAAGAAGUGCUGUAGUUGUUAAUUCAUUAUUAAGCAAUUAUUCAUAAAAUCAAAAUUUCCUAUUUAAGCACAUUUCAUGUUUACAUUUAAAUCACAUUU